AUGUCGUCCAACAACCAAGUAGCAUCCCACAAUCCAGAGCAACCAGAUAAGCAAAGUCCGGCCAACCCGCCCGGCAGCAACAAGCCUUCAACAGAGUACCAGCUGAAGACACAGCUUCUACUGCUGGCCACUCUGGUUGCGACCGUGACGUAUGCAGCGGGGCUCAACCUGCCAGGGGGAGUCUGGCAGGACACACAGGAUGGACACUUCGCAGGCGAUCCGAUCCUUCCAGACACGCACUACCACCGGUACCUUGCGUUCUACUACUGCAACGCGACUGCAUUCGCGGCAUCACUUGUGGCCUGCCUCCUUCUCCUUGUUCUUGAUGAGGCGAAGGACAACAGUGUCUGGGCAACUGUGCUGCGGGCGGUCAUGGUGCUCGAUUUACUUGGCCUCAUGGGAGCUUAUGCUGCUGGAAGCUGCCGGGAUGAUUUUACAACCAUCUACUCCUCAGUGUUAGUCUCUUCCGUCUUCGCCUACAUCAUAUAUGUCUUUGUAACCUAUGCCUUCCGGUGGGCGUUCCCCAAGAGUAGAGAAGGCAAGGCUCCUGAGAAGCAAGACAAGGAUCCUGAGAAGCAAGACAAGGACCCUGAGAAGCAAAACAAGGAUCCUGAUGUAAACAAGCGUGAAGAGGAGCACGAGGUAUUGAUGCUACUAGCAACCUUUGCGGUUACCAUCACAUACGUGGCUGGACUGGGCCCACCUGGUGGAUUCUGGGGCAACAGCCAGGACGGCCACCGUGUGAGCGACCCAAUUAUGCAGGACCACAACUCCAGCCGGUAUCAGGCAUUCUUCGUGUGCAAUAGCACUGCAUUUGUUGCGUCCUUGCUCAUCAUUGUGCUGCUCCUGGACAAGAAGCUGAGCCAGAGAAUCUCUAAAAGGUUUGUUGCACUGUAUGGGUUCAUCGCGGUGGCGCUCAUUGGCCUUGUGGGGGCCUAUGCUGCAGGAAGCUGCAGGGAAGCUGAUAAUACCAUCUAUGUAGUUUUUCUGGCUGGUGCGGUUCUUGCAUAUAUAUUUCUACAGAUGGCUAUCACUGAAGCCAUGAACAAGACGAACAAGAAGGAUCGUGUCUCAGACACUGUGGCCCGGGCUCUCGUGGACAAGAAGGAUAGUUGGGACCAUAAAGUACUCACAUCCAUACGUGAUCGUACUUCAGAAUGGCUGAAGCAAAUAAAAGACUGGUUUCAUACAGCUUUUAGCACUAGCAGGGACAGAGGAUCUGACAAAGUAUUGGAAAAGAAUCGCUCUCUUGUCAUGUUGCUUGCUACUCUUGUGGUGAGCAUCACUUACCAGGCAGGACUAGAUCCACCAGGUGGCCUAUGGCCAGAUGACCAGGAAGAGCAUAAGGGCGGUGACCCAGUACUCCUCACAACUCAUCCUACUCGGUACAAGGUGUUCUUCUAUAGCAACUCAGCCGCCUUUGUGACAUCCCUAGUCGUCAUCAUAAUGGUUCAAAGUAGAUUUCUACUUCAGCGCCAUACAUUGCACGCAGCCAUGCUACUGGAUUUGUUUGGCCUCAUAAUUGCAUACGCUGCAGGGAGCAAUAGGGAUUCAAGCACCUCCAUCUAUGUUGUCGCCUUGGCAGGUGUUGUCCUUGUGUAUGUGGUGAUUCAUAUAGUAUUCUUCACAUUAGAAGAGCACACGGACAAAAACCAAGAUCCCGAUAAGUUGGAUAAUAGGCGCGAGAUGUUGCUGCUGCUUGCAAUCUUGGCUGCAACACUCACUUACCAAGCUGGGCUGACCCCACCAGGUGGCUUCUGGUCAGCAGAUGACAAGUUUGGUCAUCAUGCUGGAUUUCCAGUCCUCCUUGAUAACUAUCCUCGUCGUUACAAUGCAUUCUUCUACUGCAAUGCAGCAAGCUUCAUGGCAUCUGUAACUCUCAUAGUUCUUCUUGUGAACCCCACCCUAUACAAGCCGGGCAUACGGUGUUAUGCACUCUAUGUGUGCAUGGUGAUGGGCAUGUUUGGCCUCAUGGGUGCAUAUGCUGCUGGAAGCUCCCGACAUGUACGAACCUCCAUCUAUGUGUUAACUUUAGUGGCUGCAGUGUUCGCCUUCGUCACCUUUCAGGUGCUCAUUUUCUGGAUACAAAACUGGAGGAAAGGGCAGCCUAAAGAGGAAGGCUCGGACUUAAAUGCCAUGGGAGUGCCAACCCCUGCUGCAGCUACUAGUCAAGUUUCACCAUUCCAUGUUCGUGGUGCGCAGCCUACCCCCCCUGAUCCUGUAGAUGGGUCCUCUGGGCAAGAAGGUAUCACCAGUGAGUCUUCUGAACCAGUUGCUGGUGACAUGGGGACGGAAGAAAAGGGAACAGAAGAUAAGGUAACAGAAGAUAAGGGAACAGAAGAAAAGGACCUUCGUGAAUACUUGAUGCUGCUAGGAGUCCUGGCUGCGAGUGUAACAUACCAGUCUGGUUUGAAACCACCAGGUGGCCUCUGGCAGGACAACAACAAUGGACAUACUGCUGGCAACUCAAUCCUCCAUGACAUCGCCAAAGGCCGGUACCGUGCGUUCUUCUAUAGCAACUCCACUUCGUUUAUGGCUUCUAUUGUCGUCAUUGUCUUGCUACUUCCAGUAAACAAGCACAAGUUCCCACUGUGGCCAAUGCAUACUGCCAUUUUGCUAGACAUGCUAGGCCUCCUUGGAGCCUACGCAGCAGGCAGUACCAAGGAGUGGGAGAUGUCCAGGAAUGUCAUUGCUCUGGUCGUUCCUGUGCUGGCCUAUAUUGCAGCCUAUGCGGCAGUGUCAUUCUUCAGCAAGAAGGGCAGUGUGCCAACGGAAAUUCUGCAUGAACAAUCGCAAUGA